AUCACUGACUGGUGCAGUGCAAAAGCGCUCUCUCAUCCUCACCGAUGGUGUGCAGAACAAGGGGGACAUAAAAAAAGAUUCUGAAUCGAAUCGCAAAUUUUUUUUCUUAAACAAAAAAACUCACAGCAACAAAAACUCAUCAUGAGCUACGAAUCCUUCUUCUCCUACCGACGUCCUUGGGACAAAAACUCUCGAUCCACUAAAUCCUCCAUGUCUUCCUCUCUGUACUCUUCUCCUCGGCUUCAGUCUGGAAAACGGAUCCUGAAGAUGACCUCCUCUUCCCUUCCAGAUGGCUCCCAGAGGAUGGACCUGACCCAGGCCAGCUCCAUCAACACGGAGCUGCUGGAAGUGCGAUCCCAGGAGAGGGCUCAGCUUGUGGACCUGAAUGACCGCUUUGCCACCUACAUCGAGAAGGUGAGGCACCUGGAGCUGCAGAACCGAGCCCUGCUGGCUGAGCUGGACGCAUUGAGACGACGUCAGAAUGAUCCAUCCCAUCUUCAGGCACUCUAUGAGGGGGAGGCUCGGAGUCUGAAGGCCCUGAUCGACUCAGAGAACAAUGAGAAGAUGAAGAUGGAGGCAGAGAGAGACUACCUGCAGGACGUGUGCGAGCAGAUGAAGGAGCGAUGCGAGGAGGAGGCAAGGCAGCGUAUAGAUGCUGAGGAGGCCCUGCAGAGGGCCAGAGAGGAGGCGAGCAGAGUCGUGCUUUACAACUGUGAUGCUGAGGCCACGGUGGUGUCUCUGUGUGAUGAAAUUAUGUUCCUGAAGAAAGUCUUUGCAGAAGAGCAAGCAGAGCUUCAGGCCCAGCUGCAGGUAUCUAACAUUACAGUGGAUGUGGAGUUGUCCAGACCUGAUCUCUCCACCGCCCUUCGAGACAUCCGGGCACAAUAUGAGCGGCUAGCCAACAAGAACAUGCAGGCUGCUGAGGACUGGUGCAAGAGCAAGUUUGCAAGUGUGGCAGAGAUGGCCAGCAAAAACAACGAAGCUGUGCACGCCAUCCGAGAAGAGACCAUGGAGUACCGCAGGCUGCUUCAGUCCCGCUCCUCGGAGAUCGAGGCUCUCCAAAAUGUCAUCAACUCUCUAAAUAAACAGCUGGAGGAUCUAGAGGACACACAGGCUAAAGAGGUGGAGAAGUACCAGAUGCGGAUAGGUGAGCUGGAGCAGGACAUCACUGAAGCCAAACAGGAGAUGGCUCACUACCUGAGAGAGUACCAAGACCUUCUCAACGUCAAGAUGGCCCUGGACAUUGAAAUAGCAGCGUACAGGAAACUCCUGGAGGGGGAGGAGAUUCGGCUGACGUACCCUUCCCUUCAAGCUCUAAUUUAAAACCCAGAGGUUACCGACCUCAACCUGAACCCUUCACACCCCUCCAUCUCUAACCUGAGCAUCUCUCCUUACAUCACCCCCUCCCUCCCUCCCUCCCUCCCUCCCUCCCUCAUCUUCAUUCAUCAUCAUUCCUCCUCCAUAAUCCUCAAAAACAAACAACAAAAAAAGCAAAUGAAAAUCUCUUCCCUCCCAAGAUGGCUGCGCCCUUGUACUGAACAAGAGGUCCACAAGAAGUCCCCCUUCUUCUACACACGUUCUGACACCACGCAUCAAGAAGACGACAAACAGAGUGGCUGCAUUGCAUUAGUUACAGGCUGAUUCAUUUGACUUCCUCUGUGAUUCAGGCUCAGGACCAAGCAUCGGAGCUGGCCGUGGGACUUAACCCAAACCUCUCUGCACAAACAACCGGCCAACUGUUUGUGAAGGAGGAGAAAUAACUCCUGCUAACUCUCAAUGCUUGGGUUGGAUCUGCAUCACUCAGAGCUCUACAACCAGUUAGUCAGUGUUCUGCACCCUAUAGCUCCAAAGUAGUAACUGAGUAAACCAGUAACCAUCUUUUUAUGUUUCUAUUUCAUUUGGAUCUAACUGUGCAAAAUAUAAAACAGUAAAUAUUUCUAUCUGCUUUUCCAUUAUGGAUAAUUGGCUUUAUCAAACCAACAAUAAAACUCUUUUUCUUCCUGCAGUAUCUCGUAGAUUUGCUCAUACCGUGGAGGAAUGUUUGUUUUUCUGGUCUCUCCUGAGAAAUAUUCAGUGUUUCUUCAGCCACUGUGUACCAGACUAUUUUUGUUCUGUGGGUUAAUUUGAAGCUAAGAAAUAAAACCAUCCAUCCAUUUUCUGAACCCGCUUGUCCAUGUAGGGUCACGGGGGGGGGGGGGGGGGCGCUGGUGCCUAUCUCCAGCGGUCAAUGGGCAGUCAGGCGGGGUACACCCUGACAGAGAGCCAGUCCAUCGCAGGGAAGAAAUAAAACAGAAACUAAAAUGCAGGAGCACCUCAUUUCUCUGCUGACUGUAGAACUCUAAGGUAAUUAACGUCCGUAAACGUAAUACCAAGUUUGCACCACUACGCUUAUCGCAACUGUAAGAGCAAGCAACAAGCUGAAUAAACUUUCAACUGAC